AGCAAGUUAAAGGUGUCUUCUCCUUCCUCCGCGAUUAAACCUGGGAAAAAGGCCGAUAAAAACGGGCUCAUAAGAAAUGAGAGAAGGAUGAGCGACCAGCGCCUUCAGGAGACCUGGACCUCCUUUGCACAAACAGAACCCGGAAAUGUCAUCGAGCGACAGAACCGUCUGGAUGAGUUCUUGGGGCUGCUGCUGUCCUCAGCUGAGGAAAAAGUGCCAUUAUCAAACCUCCUUCAUUUUAGUGAUAUUGGAAGUGUAGUGAGCCUGUUAGGUGGUCAGUUCUUGGCAGAUAUAGAACACAUCUGCCUUGGCUCUGCCAGCUAUGACAGUGAUUCUUCUUCUAGUGCUACAUCUCGAUCUGUAGAAUCAAUAAUAAGUGAUACGUCCCACGUUAGUGAUGCAUCUGGGGGCUGCAGACCCAGAGUGUCCAAAAAAGCCAGCAAUGGGCGAUCUACCUUGGUCAGGGAUUGUGUCGAUUCCGCAAACAUCCAUGACAUUGGAAACAACAAGUAUCAGAAAGAUAUUACUGCUCUUAGUGAGGCCACAAGAGACCUAAGCAUCAGCACUGAUACCAAGUGUGUGAGUGUAGUGGAAGAUAAUUAUACAUGUACAGAAAUCAGGACAAAAGAAAACAAAGAGUUCACUAAUGGUGGGGAGGAGAGUGAUGUGGUGAAGGAGGACACUUGGGUGAGCAAAGAGCUUCAUGCAGAAAAGUGCCAGAAUGAAUCUCUGUGCGAACACAAUGGAACGUGUAAUAACAAUAGCCAAGACGAUUCUCACCAAGACAGUGCAAAUGCUAUCCUAAACAGAAAAGGUGCUCGACUCGCUUAUUCCGAAAGUGCAAUACCCAAUGCCAACUCCAAUAAGAAUAAGGGGCCAGUCCACUCCUCGAGGGAGCGGAGUGACCCCAUCUUCACCUCCAAUCAAUCAAACCUCAACUCCAGCCAGUCUGCGCUGGCAUCAACCUCCAGUCACUCUGAACAGGACCUGCACCCCCCCCAGAAUGCCGCUUCAGAUGCUGUCCAGGGGCACGAGGCCCAGAAUGCAGCCACCCUGAAGCGUUACCUUCUUCAGGGAUGUGGUGCAAAAAUAUUAGUCGUCCUGGACCAACUCGGCGUCACGGGCCUGACUGGUGGAAGGGAGAUUAGCCAUGUUCUAGCCUUUAUAUUUGCAUUCAUGCUGAAGAAUUCUCUUGAUGAUGAGAGUUGCAAAUCAAGGAAUUGCCUAAAGAAUGCAGAGAAUGCACUGCAAGGGACGAAUGGAGGGAGUUGCAAUCUCAAUAUGCAUCAUGUACAGAAAGGUUUUUUUAAUGGCAACAGUGAGAGUGCAUUAGACUUGGCCAAGUGCUUCAAAUACGAGCCUUCCGUGAAUCUCAGCCUGGAGGACAUCUUCGCACCCCUGGUCCACCACCCUGCCCACACCAAGACGGGCAACACCAUACGAUCUCACGGCCUCUCAGCCUCACAGUCGUGGAUGCAGACCUCUGGCUCCAAGAGUAGCAGUCUCUCUAGCUGCCAGAGUGGGAAGAAGUGUGGGAGGAAGCGCAGAAAACGUUCCUCCACCUGUAACCACAUCAUCAACUCAGACUCGGAAGCAGACCCAGACCUCCAGACGCACAGACUGCGCAAGGCCAUUGUGAAGUUCACAAUGAAUCCCAAAGAUUUUGACUAUUUCACGCACGUUGUGUACAGUGACGAAGACAAGAGCCACCAGCACGAGAGGGUUCAUGUAAGCCUCGGGCCAGGCAGCAAAAUGUGCUGCCAUGAGAACAUUCUGUGCCUCACUCUUGUGGAACUUCUCCAGUGCAUCAUAUCAAUCCAGUCACAACUGGCCAUGCAUGAGACAGAGUUAAAACACUUGUCCUCACCGUUAUUAGCAACACAGGAUAUCCUUCAGUUUUCACUUGACACGUUUUCCUCUAUGGUUGCUGAAUUCAAGCAUUUGGAGCAGAAAGGGAAUGACACAACAGACAUCCGGCAGUUACUCUCUGGGAUGUUACGGCUUGUAUUUUCUUCAAUGCAAAGAUUUCUCAAAUCAAGUGAGUUAAUGCUCACUGUGACUGAACUAACUGUUGUCCCCAAGCUCUUGCAACUUGUUUCAGAGAUUCUUGAUAACAGUUUUGUGCUGAAAGAGAGCACCAAUGCAAUAUUGAAGAAGGAAGUAAACAAGCUUGAAGUUGGCAAGGCAGCUUUGGCUUACGAGGUUAUCCUAGGAUUGCUGCUCACUCUGCAGAGCUCUGCUUGUCUCAGAGUUGAGUACAAAGACGUUUGGCAGUGUCUCACUCUACACAAGAUAUUCUUACAGAGUGAUGGCCCAGAAAUCAUCAAAAAGUUAAUUUCUCUGAAGCAUCACCUGUCAUUAGGGAGGCGUUCCGAAAUCUUGCAAAAUCUCAGUAAAUUGAUCCUUUAUAUGAAGUACUGGAGGGAAGAUGUUUACCAUGCAGAAAAGUGUGAUAAAAAGAACCACAGGUAUUGUGAAUAUGAGGCUGUGCAGAGCCACCACUCUCAGGUAUUUGGAAUAAAUUCAAGCUUACUCAAUGGAAUUGAUCCUAGUUCUUGUAUGAUUGCUAACUUUGCAUUCAUAUUGAUUGACUGCUUCUCAGUUACUGAAGAAAUUGAGAUACAUGCUUGUUCCAUCAAGGCUUUAUCGAAAUGUGGCCUAUGUUGUUGCAUGAGUACAGGAGCUGUUCUGAGCAAACUCUUGCAGAACCUGAGUUCUGAGAUGCAUCAUGUUGUUUCUUAUCUUACUGUCUUUAUAGAGAACAUUGUGUGGCGUGACCUGGGUGGAAUGACUUUAAGGGAGGCAGUUACCUGUAUUUUUUGCCAGACCCCAGAAUACGUGGGAGGGGGACUCAAUCCUAUAACUGCCGAAUAUACUUUAGAAGAGUCGUUCUCAUCGACCUUUAGUUCUCGUGGAAUCUCAGCUUUUAAUUCAGCUAAGAAAUGUUGCAGUCAGAAUAUAGAAGAUGCACCUGUCUCUUCCUCUCAUUGGGAAGGUGUUGCUCUCUAUAAAAGACUUCUCUUUUGUAAAAAUAUCAGUUCAAAAGUAAUAGUUCACAUAACAAGACUCCUGUCACGUAGCAGUGCGGGAGUCAAGUUGGAAAUGUGUGAGUACCUCAUCAUCCCAGCUUUAAAACAGAUUUGUGAAAAAGGUAUUGCUCAAUAUGAGAGCAGUGGCAAAGAUAAGGAUGUGUUAGUUGGCCUCCUAAGAUGUAUUAGAUUAACAUUAGCAGAAUCAUGUGAUCCAAAAAUAACACAGUUUCUUCAGGACAAUGGCCUGUCUCUUAUCACAGCCUGCAAAUCCAUUCCAGGGGUUAGAAGUGAAGCCUUUGCACUGCUUUGCAAUAUUGUGAAGAAAGAAUUGAAGACUAAACCUGGAAUGCCUGUAAUGGCAGAUACAGAUGAAGAAAACAAUUUUAUUUUUACAAAAUUAUUUGAAGCCGAAGUGCUAGAGCAUGAUGAGUUCUGGACGGGUUAUUUCAACAUGAAAGUACGUGAGGUGAGACAGAGGUUCUUCAUUCACACCCAGUUAGAUGUGUCCACAGUGGCAGAUGACAAUGUUCCAAAUACUGGCCUAAACCACAACAAGAAUGAAGUCAUCGGCCAGGACAAGACAGAUGCGGAAACCAUCAACAAGACAGAUGAAAAAGAGGAGAGGUUAGAAGAGGAGGAGAAUGAAGAAGACACUGAGGAUAUCAAGGAAGCUGUUCAUAUAGACAUUGGUUCAGAAGUGGGCAAAGUUGAAGAAAUGGAGUUAGCAGAUGAGAAGGCCCCCUCUCCCAUCCCUAAUGAGUUUGUGGAAGACCAUGCUGAUCUUGAAAACUUUAAGAACAUUGACAGCCAGACACUUGCCCUCAAGUAUGCUGGCCUGGGUGAGUUGUGGAAUGCUGUCACAGAAGUCCUGCACAUGAGCUCUGAGUUCCAGGCCUACUUGGCCGCGUCAGGCAUCCGUUCCCUGGUGGCACCACUGCUUGUCAACAUUACGCAGGACCUGGCGCGUGCUUCCUCAGGAGCCCUAGGUCUGAGCAGCGUUGUCUUAGAGCAGCUGUCUGUCACCUUCUCGCUGAUGCACUCACUGCUCACCUUCGUCAUUGUCACUUACCCAUAUGCAGGUUUGCAUGUGGAUACACUUUUGAAUGAGUUGAGGUCGCCAUUGUUGCGUUACUCGCCCCGUACUUGUGGGGAUGUGAAGCACCUCGUGUCUGUCAUGCUACAGUGUUGUGUGUUGUCCUCAUCGACCAACAUAACUUAUUCUUUACCUCACACAACACAGCAGGCCCUUGAGAUGCUUGAUGAAGAGCCAGGUCCUGUUGGAGGGGAAGGAGAGCAACAUCCAGGUGAGACUGAUGGCUAUGAAGCAGACACAGAGCAGCUUGCCAACAACACGUACCCUUCAUCAGCUAGAUCUUGGCAACAGGAUGACAAUUUGGAGUGCCCCGAGCUGGUACUUUUGGCACUGGACCUCAUUAUCAACCACCACGAGAAGUUCCUUGAGACACGAGAGGAAGCUCAGGAAGAGGUGGGAACUGGGCCUGAAAACCACGAUAAGCAGGAGAAACACAUGCCUGAGUCCCCCUUGAAGAAGAGGGGUCAAAACCGAAGGCGCUGGAGCAGGAGGAGGAGGCACAAGGAUGGAUCCAAGUCCCCCUCAAAGGGAUCCGGAGCUCGCAGUGCCUCAGGCGACAAGAGCACGUCCUCAGCCUCCUCCGUGUACCACAGCAUGACCUCAGAGGACGAUACGGGUUCUGACACGGGGAACUCUGACGGGACUGAGUGGGCUAAUGAACCAAAGCCAGAGAUUCUUGAGAGUGAGAAAGUGCAGGUGAAACCGGGGCUAAGUGUAAGUGUUAGUGUAGAAAAUGAUUCAUGUGUAGAAAAUGCUUGUUCAACCAACUCCUUUGAGAAUGUCUCCUCACAAUCUGCAAAUGACUACAAGACAAGGGCUCAGGGUACCAUGUUCCAGUCCACCUCCCAGGACGAGUCGCUCUCGAAGGGCAUGUCCUGGUCGUCUGGCGAGGCAGCUUCCCCACAGCACACAGUCCACACAGGGUCAUCAUCCACAUACUCCACCUGCUGUGAGAGUGAGAUGACUCACAGUGCCUCCCUUACUCAGUGUGUCCACGCCCUCCUCCUCCUCUGCCGCUCAUCUGCCAAUGUGUGUCGUAGGCUCCAUGCCCUGGGCUUCCUCACGAGCCUCCUCAAUGGAUUUACUGAUCUCAUCUGUGCCAACAGUGUGAUAUAUCAAGAGCCCGCCAUGCACUGCGCAGCUCGUGUGGCGUCGCGGGGCAUGCUCAGGGACGCGUCGGAGCCUGAUGUGGCGCCGCGCGGGAAGACAGACACAGUUAAAGACGUUCUCUUUAUCGACUGUUGUGGUGAUGCGCCAAGACCUGCUCAGCGCUGUUCGCAAUUGUGCCACAUCACACGUAACUCGAUGCCCAGUGUCCUCACGGCCUCUGCAGGUUGCAAUUGA